AUGCUGCUUUCUCAUUUCCUUCUGCUAUUUUCGGCAACAAUAAUAUCAUGUUCGCCAGUGGAAAUCAAUAAAUCGCAGUUCAGUGAACGUCAAAGUAGCAAUGCCUCAUCUCCAAUAGUUGACCUCGGAUACAAUGUAUAUCAGGGAUAUUACAAUGCCACAUCACAACUCAACAUCUUCAAAGGAAUUCGAUAUGCAGCACCUCCAACAGGAGCACUGCGUUGGCAAAAACCACAAUCUCCAGCAGUUAACAGAACCUCGACCAUAAAGGCAACUGCCUACCCUCCUCACUGUCCCCAAAGUCCCAACGCCCCUAUGGUCGCAAAUUACAAUUUUACGAAAUCAGGUCUUGGAAAUGAAGAUUGUCUAUUCCUAAGCGUGUGGGCCUCACCAAAUGCGACAAAUCUUCCAGUAAUGGUUUGGAUUCAUGGCGGAGGCUACGGCACCGGUUCUGGUAACAAUGAUUUCUCGGAAUUGGCCAACACCAACUCAAACGCCUUUAUUCUAGUAGCGAUUCAGUACCGCCUUGGAGCCUUUGGAUUUCUUUCUUCAUCAGAACUUGUCAGCUCAGGCGGUAUCCCAAACGCCGCUCUUUAUGAUAUGAAUUUCUCACUUCAAUGGGUUCAAUCUCACAUUUCCAAAUUCGGAGGAGAUCCUUCUCGCGUUACCAUUGCUGGUGAAUCGGCAGGGGGCGGCGCAGUAAUGUUACAAAGUAUGGCAUUUGGUGGAAGUUUAGCAACGAGUUUGUUCAAUAAUGGGAUUGUGGCAAGUCCGUACUUACCAAUGCAGUAUGAUUAUGACGGAUUGUUACCAGAAGAGAGUUAUAAAAAGUUCGUGGAGGCUGUGGGCUGUGGAACAGGUAAUGGGAGUGCUUUUGAAUGUCUAGUCGAUGCGGAUACUAUUGCAUUGCAGAAUGCUAGUGCAUAUAUCUCUGCAAGCGUUAAUUACGGACAAUGGGCUUUCUUACCAGUAACAGAUGGCGAAUUCUUAGUCAAGAGGCCAUCAGAGCAGUUGUUAGCGGGCGAGGUUAAUGGUGUGAGAAUGUUAUCUGGCGUGGGUACCCAUUUUAACCAAAUCUCCAAAAUAAGACGCGCAGCUGACUUUCUCCAGAACAAUGCUAACGAAGGCCCUGUAUUCGUUCCGCAACACAUCAACACGACCGCCGCUUUCAAUACUUAUACGCGAUCCCUCUUUCCUCUAAUAUCUAACUCAACUUACGAUCGCCUCCUCAAAACCUACUCCAUCCCACCAACGAUCCCAGGCCCUCUUUUCGCAUCAGCAGGUGAUCAUGGUCCCACGGCUCUCAACCAAUCCGUCUACGCCAUCGGUCAACAGCAACGAGCCAACAACCUGUAUGCUGAAACUACCUUUGUCUGUCCCUCUUACUGGUUAGCCUCCGCAUAUUCCCAAGCAUGGAAAUACGAGUUCAGUGUCCCGCCAUCGCAGCACGGAGGAGACUUAAAUGCAUAUUAUGCCGUAAACCGUGAAUACGUUGGCUUUGGGACACUAUCUCCUGGUUUCCGUACCGCGGUAGAGAAAAUUUGGGGGAGAUUUAUCAUUUAUAACGAUCCAACACUACCUAGCGAUGUCGUUACAUCUAUCACCACUCUUGGGAAUGGAACUCAGACGGGAGAUAAUAUUUCUGCAUCAGGAGCUGGUGUAUGGCCGCUAUGGAAAACUGAUGGGUAUGGCGCAUAUCAGAUGUUAAAACUGAAUAUGACUGGAGGGCAACCAAAAGAGGUUGCAUGGACAACGGCAGAUGGACUGAGUUUGAAUGUAACAGAAAAUACGGGGUCGGGAUUGGAAGCUGAUUUAGCAAUCGUGGAUGCUUACGAUUGGGAAGGGGGGAGGGGAGCAAGAUGUGAUUUUUGGGCGGAUAUCGGAAGUGAGGUGCCAGAAUAG